AUGCAGUGGUUCAAGGGAAGCGUCUACGGUGCCUUCCGGCGUGACUUCCUAGACUUUGCCCUUCACAGCCCUACAACCCAGUCCCUCCUCGAAAUCCUCUUCUCAGACAGGGAGAUUGAAAACCCGGAUGAACUCUUCUUCCAGACAGUAGCCUUUAACGCCCCCUUUCACGCGCCUGGCGCCUGCCUCUACACUCCUCUGAUCUCGGAGGUGGCUGAGGGCUAUCCGGGAAGGUUCGUUGUUUGGGAGCAAACGCGGUCCUUCUGUCCUACAAAGUAUGUUCGUGAUGUUUGCAUCCUCGGUAGCCCACAUGUGCCGGAAAUGCGCCGAACGUUUCACCUCUUUGCCAACAAGAUGCAUGCCGACUACUACCCCGAGGCCUACGACUGCAUGGAACAGUGGUAUUUUAGCCGCCUUCAGCGGGAAUGGACCCUGGGUCAUGUCGACUGGGAGGCCUUCCAGCCGUGGGCUUAUAAACUGCUGACCUGCUCUCGGUACCAUCUGCCCUAA